UCCGUCGAGCAGCAGCAGAUACAAAAGUUUAACUUCAUACUACAGACACACUGCAGUACAGUGCGCACUGAGUGGUGCGCUAUACAUUAGUAUGGAGCGGCGACACUGGUGCUGAGGAGACGUAACAUCACAAGAGGCUAAAAGACACCGUGGAAUCACACUGAAACUUUUAUUGUUUUUAAACGUUACUUUUUUAUUUUCAUAAGUAGUUACACAAAGGAUUAUAACAUUAUAACAGAGGAACGGCUGCGGACUGAUAAAUAAAAUGGGGAGCCGGGGACAUUACCGGUACCAUUGGCAAAGCCACAAUGUCAAGCAGAGCGGAGUGGAUGACAUGGUGCUGCUCACCAAGAUCAGUGAGGAUGCCAUUGUGGAAAAUCUCAAGAAAAGAUACAUGGAUGACUUUAUUUUUACAUACAUUGGUCCUGUGCUCAUCUCAGUGAACCCUUUCAAACAAAUGCCCUAUUUUGGGGAGAAAGAAAUCGAGAUGUACCAAGGCGCAGCUCAGUAUGAAAAUCCUCCUCAUAUCUAUGCGCUAGCUGAUAACAUGUAUAGAAACAUGAUGAUUGAUCGUGAGAACCAAUGUGUCAUCAUCAGUGGUGAGAGUGGAGCAGGAAAAACAGUAGCAGCAAAGUACAUCAUGAGCUACAUCUCCAAAGUUUCAGGCGGAGGUCCCAGAGUUCAGCAUGUCAAAGACAUCAUCUUGCAGUCCAAUCCUUUGCUGGAGGCGUUUGGGAAUGCCAAGACUGUGAGGAACAACAACUCCAGCCGAUUUGGGAAAUACUUUGAGAUUCAGUUUAGUUCCGGCGGUGAACCAGAUGGUGGGAAGAUCUCCAACUUUCUUUUGGAAAAGUCCCGGGUGGUGAUGCGUAACCCUGGGGAGAGGAGCUUUCACAUCUUCUACCAGCUUAUAGAAGGAGCGAAUGCGGACCAGAAAAGCAGUCUGGGAAUCACCAGCCUGGAUUACUACUAUUACCUCAACCAAUCAGAGUCUUACAAAGUUGACGACAUUAACGACAAGCAUGAUUUCCAGGAAACAUUACAUGCCAUGGAUGUGAUUGGUAUCUCAGGAAUGGACCGCAACCUGGUCCUGCAGAUUGUGGCAGGAAUUCUUCACCUUGGUAACAUCAACUUCAGGGAAGCAGGGAAUUACGCUGCUGUCGAAAAUGAAGAGUUUCUGGCAUUUCCUGCUUUUCUAUUGGGCAUUGAUGAGCACCGUCUGAAAGAAAAACUCACCAGCCGUACGAUGGAUGGCAAGUGGGGGGGGAAAUCAGAGUCAAUCGAUGUAACGCUGAACGUGGAACAGGCGUGUUUCACGCGUGAUGCUCUGUCCAAAGUUCUGCAUGCCCGGGUUUUUGACUUCUUAGUAGAGUCAAUCAAUAAAGCCAUGGUUAAGGAACAACAGGAGCUUAACAUUGGAGUGUUGGAUAUCUAUGGCUUUGAGAUUUUUCAGAAAAAUGGAUUCGAGCAGUUCUGUAUCAACUUUGUGAAUGAAAAACUGCAGCAGAUUUUCAUUGAGCUGACUCUGAAAGCUGAACAGGAGGAGUAUGUACAAGAAGGAAUUCGAUGGACUCCCAUAGAAUACUUCAACAACAAGAUUGUCUGUGACCUCAUUGAGAGUAAAAUUAAUCCUCCAGGCAUCAUGAGUAUACUGGAUGAUGUGUGCGCUACUAUGCAUGCAAAGGGUGAAGGGGCAGAUCAGACAAUGCUGCAGAAGCUCAGAAUGCAGAUCGGCAACCAUGAGCACUUUAACAGCUGGAAUCAGGGCUUCAUCAUCCACCAUUAUGCCGGCAAGGUGUCUUAUGAUGCAGAAGGCUUUUGUGAGAGAAACAGGGAUGUGCUAUUCACAGACCUGAUCGAAUUGAUGCAGAGCAGUGAAAUACCUUUCAUCCGUGCCUUGUUUCCAGAGAACCUGAAUGCUGAGAAGAAAGGGAGACCCACCACUGUGGGAAGCAAAAUUAAGAAACAAGCCAACGAUCUUGUGAGCACUCUGAUGAAGUGCACACCUCACUACAUCCGCUGUAUCAAACCCAAUGAGACGAAAAAGCCCAGAGACUGGGAGGAGAGCAGAAUGAAGCACCAGGUGGAGUAUCUGGGUCUGAAGGAAAAUAUCCGAGUAAGGCGUGCUGGCUAUGCUUAUAGAAGAAUCUUCCGCAAGUUCUUGAACAGGUACGCCAUUCUCACAAAAGAGUCAUGGCCAACAUGGCGCGGGGACGAGAAACAGGGUGUACUGCACCUCCUGCGCUCUGUAAACAUGGACCAGGACCAGUAUCAGCUCGGACAAACUAAAGUCUUCAUUAAAGCCCCAGAAUCGCUUUUCCUGCUGGAGGAGACAAGAGAGCGCAAAUUCGAUGGUUAUGCCAGAGCCAUUCAGACGGCAUGGCGGAAGUACUGUGCCCGCAAGAAAUAUGUUCAGAUGAGAGAAGAGGCAUCUGAUCUGCUGCUGAACAGAAAGGAGAGAAGAAGACACAGUUUGAACAGAAACUUUAUGGGUGAUUACCUGGGCAUGGAUGACCGGCCUGAGCUCAGGCAAUUCUUGGGCAAAAGAGAAAAGAUCGAUUUUGCAGACACCGUCAACAAAUACGACAGACGAUUUAAGAGCAUUAAGAGAGAUCUGAUCCUCACCCCUAAAUCUGUCUACCUGAUUGGAAGAGAAAAAGUGAAACAGGGCCCAGAGAAGGGACAGGUGAAAGAAGUCAUGAAACGUAAAAUUGAUGUUGAGAAGAUUUUGGCUGUUUCUCUCAGCACAAUGCAAGAUGACUUCCUGAUCCUGCAUGAGGAAGAAUACGACAGCCUGCUGGACUGUGUAUUUAAAACAGAGUUCAUCAGUUUGUUGGCACGCAGAUACGAAGAGAGACUACAGAAAAAGCUACCUCUCAAAUUUGGCAACACGCUGGAACUAAAACUUAAAAAAGAAGGAUGGGGACCCUGGAAUGCAGGAGGAUCCAGACAGGUGCAGUUUAUUCAAGGCCAGGGGGACAUAGCUGUGCUGCGACCCUCAAACAAAACGCUGCAGGUCGGCAUCGGGCCGGGUCUGCCCAAGAACUCACGUCCCACUAAGAAAGGUAUCACUCAAAGCCGCACCAACAACGUGUCCAGGGCCCACCAGCAUAUCCCAACACGUAUGGCACCCGGCCCUCCAGGAGUUGCUCACCAAAAUGGUGGGCUGAAGAAUGCAAAUCACACAGCCAAUCAAAGAAACUCUCAACAUCACGGCAAUCAAAGGCAGACGUCAGGAAACGCUGCCCGACCGUUUCUGCCCACCAACGUCAGUCAACUCAAGGAUAGGGGCAGCAAACAAACACCCCAGCAACCCAACCUAGAUUUCCUGAGAGUACCGGAUCAAGGGGCUGCAGGAACUCGACAGUCAUCUGGAAAUGGAGUAAUGGCCCACAGGCAGACCAACAGCAGGCCUACUCCAGGAGGUGGACGGCCCAAACCCGCCCCAAAGCCUAAACCCCAGGUGCCUCAGUGUAAAGCUCUGUAUGCCUACGAUGCCCAGGACACAGAUGAGCUCAGUUUUAAUGCAGAUGACAUCAUUGACAUCAUAAAGGAAGAUGCUUCUGGAUGGUGGACAGGCAGAUUGAGAGGUAAACAAGGCCUAUUCCCAAACAACUAUGUGACCAAGAUCUAACAUUUUGUGCCGUAAUGAGAAGACCAGACACUUGAUGAACCUCAGAAGACUCAUUGGAGUUAAUGGACAAGUGGUGGAGAAUGAGGAAUUCAGAGAAUGAAGGAAAGAAGUGUGCCAUGGCUGUGGGUGACUCCCUAUGAGCUUUACAUUCUGUUACCAUAGACACUUUGAAGCAGACAUGCGACUAUUGUGAGGAGCAGACGUUGGCCACUACACUCUUUUCUCCAGGGCGAUAAAUACUGAACUGUCCCUGUGAGCACUGAUCAAAACUAUUUAUUGUAUUUAUAGCAUUCUACAAUUUAUUUCUGACAUGGAGCUGUCAUUGAUAUUUAAGGUGAUCUUUUUUCACUUGAAGAGAUGAAGUAGCCAUCGUAUGUGGGAACAGCUUUUUAUUUUGCUUUUGAAAUAGAUUUAUAUGUAAAUUAAGGUGCUCACCUUUCCAGUCUCUUGUCCAAAUCAAUGGUUUUAGUGGGGGGAUGUUGUGCUGCUAAUUGCCUUAUUUUAGUUAAGAAAAACCCAAAUGUAUAUAAUGCACUGUAUUUCUUUGUAGACUGUAUGAAUAGAAAUUGAGGUAAUCUUGACACCAUGCUGAAUGUAUCAUUUUUGGUAAGAUGCAACUAAAUUUUAUUGAACAAUA